AUGGAUAAUCAAGCUAGAUUGGCUGAAUUACAAGCUGCGAUUAUUGAUCGCGACGAUCAAAUACACCAGCUUAGAAUGGAAUUGCAAGGUGCCGUAGAAGCUGUCCAAGCAGCUCAGGCCCAACCACUUCGUUAUCAAUUACCCCAACCAGUUGGAGGUACAGAAGCGAUUUUGAAAUCACUCCAAACUCCUCAAAUUAUCAGGGACAUUGGCAGCUUUGAUGUUCCACCAAAACCAAACUAUUUACCACCAAAUUUAUUCCAACCCUCAGCGAGGCUUUUGCAACCCCCUCCAAGAUAUCAACCACCUCCAAGACCACAUCCAUCAGCCUUCCAACCAAGACCGUUUCAACCAAUGCCUAGAUUUUUCAAUCCAUUGCAACCCCCACCAAGAUAUCAACCACUUCCAAGACCACAUCCAUCAGCCUUCCAUCCAAGACCGUUUCAACCAAUGCCUAGAUCUUUCAAUCCACAACCCAAACCAACUCCUAUGGACGUUGACCCAUCGAUAAGGUCACGUCACGUGAAUUAUUUAAACAGACCGAAUUACCAGCUAGAACAGGAAUGCUACUGGUACUAUCCUCAAGACCCCUCCUUACAUUUGUACAGCGAACAUAGUGACCCAGUUAACAGCGCUGAAAUAGAACAGCAACAACCAGAUCAAAUUUAUACUUACACAGCAGAGGCAACGACCAGCGAGCCAUCAUCAGCUGAUGUGCCACAAGAUGAAACAGAUGAUCUAAAUUUUCAAGCGGUCACACGUUUACUGCCACUAACGUAA